AUGGCUCAACCUUUCACCAGUCCAUAUCCGCCACCGUCGGCCCCCACGGCAGUCCCUCUUCCACCAGCGGCAUUCCUCACUUCAGAUCAGGUCCUAUCCGCGCCACCGCCUGUUUCUAUGCCGGCCCCGGCUGCAGCCUAUACAGUCCCUCCGCCGACGGUUUUCCCGACCUCAGGUGCACCUGCUCCGAUUCAUUUCCAAACCACGGAGUUCCCACCCUACUCAUCGCUACAACCCCAUGCCAGCCUCUCUUACCCGGCGCCACCCCCCAUAAACACCACCUUCCAUGAACCGAGCACGCCGACCCAUGCGGCCCAGCUCGCCUCACCAACGCACUUCUUCCCCGAGGCUGACGCCGAACAAGAACGCAGACUGAAGCGAAUGGAAGAGACAAUAUGA